GUUUUUACUCCGACUCUGGCCCGUCUGUAGGACGUUUCUUCUCCUCUUGUAACGAGAUAAUUGAACACAAACCAUGAACAGUUUAUUCCGAUCCGCUGCUCGGUGUCUCCGCUCGGGUCCGGCUGUCUACCUGCCCAGACAAACCGACGGCCGCUCGCAGUGGGCCUCAGUCCGGCUCCUGUGCUCGGCGGCGGAUCUCCAGAAAGACCUCGGUGAGAUGGUGAAGAAGGACAAAGUGGUGGUGUUCAUGAAAGGCACGCCGGCGCAGCCCAUGUGCGGCUUCAGUAACGCUGUGGUUCAGAUCCUCCGGAUGCACGGCGUGGACAACUACGCUGCGUACAACGUGUUGGAGGACCAGGACCUCAGACAAGGAGUCAAAGACUUCUCCAACUGGCCCACGAUCCCUCAGGUGUACUUCAAUGGCGAGUUUGUGGGAGGCUGCGACAUCUUUCUGCAGAUGCACCAGAACGGAGACCUGGUGGAGGAGCUGAAGAAGCUGGGCAUCCGCUCUGCAGUGCUGGACGCAGAGAAAGAGUCCAAGUAAUGGACGGGUAUAAGCGUGACGCGGCUGACUCAUCCAAAGGCGCAUUUAUCAGGUUGAACCCCUCCCCACUGCCGCCGCCACCACCUUCCACCACACAAACACACACACUCAGUCCCCGAACUAAAAGGAGUGAAAAACACCGGCCACAGAGUGCACAGAUAGACUUGGGUAUUGUACAUUCGGUAUUACAGCUUUGUUUUUUCCAGCACAGCUGAGGGCACCAUGGGAGCGAUGAGAGCGAACCCCAAAGCAAAAGCUGCGGGCCAAAUGAAAGCUCCAUAGAGCUGAACGAUAGCAUCGUUACAAUAAGUCUUUCCAUCCUGUUGUAAUAAAAAGCUUUAAUACUUCUGCACCUCCAAGAAGAACGGUGACAUCACCCCCUCACUCCCACCUCAAACUGCCAGCUGACUGCGACAGAGCCGGCUGUGAUCACCGUGUUCAAGCUGCCACCUGAGCGCUCGCUGCGCUCUCACCUGGUUCCAUCAGUCCUCUGCGAUCUUCCCCUCGCCGCUGUCCUCCACGCUCAGUGUAAGACCAGAUGAGCUUUAGACUUGCCUAACUGUACCACGCCUAAAUUAAGGGCAUUAUUCAUGCUGCCUGGGCCUCAUCGGCCAAUGAUGUCAUCACGCUCUUAAAUGCACUGCCUGUAGUUUCAGGAAACGGAACAAAGAGGGGACAACGUGGCUUCGUGCUGGUAUGAAUAUCUUCUCUUUAAUGAAGCCACUGAUAAUCUAGCAGUUUUUUAGUGGCCGUAGCUGCAGAAUCGAUCACUGGACAGUCCCCUGUUUGUUCUUCCUGCCUGGAACCACGUGGAAACCGUCAAUGUCAGGAUCCGCUGAUACGUAACGUACCUGAUACCUUAUGUCCUUUUUUCUUUUUUUUUUAAAACCACCCUGAAGAUGAGAUUACUGCACACGUGUACCAGCCGAAGCAGUUAAUGUUGCAUCUGUCUGCAUUUCACUCUGAAGAUGAAGUGUUGUUUUAGUUGUUUUUUCCAGACACCUCACAUUUAUCAGUCGUAGGUGAUCCUCCUGCUGCAGACAGUUGUAUUAUCAAAGCAACACGUAGUACACUGUAAGAUAUUGUACAGCUUAUUAUUAGAUGUACUUCUGACGCGUGUAAUCAAUUCUGCACUGAUUAAAUAUUUUGUGACACAAA